CCCCCCUCAUGUAAUGACAUAAUUGUCCCAUUAGGUGGCACUAAAACGGUUCGCAUUGACUUAGCAUGAAACGGCAGAAGCAGAGCAAGAGUAGAGGAAGAAACACCAUAAUGUCGGAGUCCACGACCCCAGGAAAAAAGGGCAAUUUGACCGGAAGUGCCAGGAAAUUAAAGGACGAUGCCGCAGAUUGGCAUAAUCUCAUCCUGAAAUGGGAACGAUUAAAUGACGAGGGAUCCACGACUGCGACUAAAAUUGUUAAUCUGGGACUGAGCAAAAAAUCAGAGACUGAGACUGAUGUUGUGAUGGAAGGAGGAAGAUUGGCAGCUGGAGACUUUUCAGAGAACCUGAAACAGAGCAACCAAGAGCUGGAAGAAGAAUGUGUGAAGUUACAAGACGUUGUGGAUAAAAUGGCAAACAUACUGUCAAGGAUGGAGAAGAUGGUCCAUGCUGAGCAUGGCAUCUGUGAGUUAGAAGCAUUCCAGUAUGGAGAGAAAGAAAGAGCAGCACCACUGUUUCACACCUGGUCCACACAACAGUUUGUUGAAGUAUCUUCCAAGCUUUAUGAGUCAUACAAGCAGGAGCUGGCGCUGAAGAAGACUAUACUGCAAGAAUUGGCCCACACGUCUAAUGCUGAACUUUCUAUGGUCUACCUGUCAUCAUGGCUGUAUCAACCCUACACUGAGGACAGUGGACAACUGCUACUAGAGAGUUUGCUAUUGGAGACAGGUCACAGACCUUUGUGAUUCAAUCUGGAGUCUAUGCAUGAGGACUAUGUAAACAAAUUAAAAGCAUAUCAUGACAUGUACAUAGCUUUGAUGUAAUGUUUAACCUUCAAAUUUAUUUCUCGAAAAUAUGCUAUUUUAAUACUGCACUGCUGCCUUGUAAGCAAAUCUGUACCAUACAAAGUCUUAACUCCAUAAACUCACUCAAAAGUUUUAAUGUCAUAUACGAACAUGUCCCUUUGUAUUAAAAAUGCUGAGAUGUUUCAAAAACACAGUAAACCAGAUAUUAUAUAAAAAGUAAUAAAAUAGUG